CAAAUACUACUAGAAACUAAAGCGCGUGGAACACACUUUCCCCUCCCUGUAUUUCGCUUUUUCCCAACUGGCGAAAGCCAAACAGCUUCACUUCCCAUUAACUCUCUCUCUCUCUCUCUCUCUCUCCUCCCAAACCCUACCUCACUCCUCCGAUGCCGUUAAACGACGGCGACCGGAGUUUACCGGAGCUCAUCUCCUCUCUCCUCGACCUCAUCCCCAACCUUCUCAGCUUCAAGUCCAAAUGGUCCUCGAUCCGCGCCAAGCUCUCCGAUCUCGACACUCACCUCGCCGACAUCUCCGACUUCGCCGCCUCCUCCACCAACCAGCUAUCUCUAGACCUCCUCGCCUCCGUCCGUGAGACGCUACUCGACGCCGUCUCCGUCGCCUCCAGGUGCGAGGGACGAGAUUUAUCACACGGAAAGCUCAAGACGCAGAGCGAGGUCGACUCCGUCGCGUCUCGCCUCGAUCGCCACGCGAGAGACGCCGACGUUCUGAUCAAGAGCGGUCUCCUCCUUCUUCUCCAGGACGACGACGACUCCUCGAAGAAGCUUACCGUUUCGUCGAAGAAGGAAAGUGUGAGAUCAGAGGCGAGGAGUCUCGUUAUACGGUUGCAGAUCGGUGCAACCGAGUCGAAGAACUCGGCGAUGGACUCGCUGCUCGAGCUUCUCCUCCAGGGAGAUGACAAGAGCGUGAUGAUCGCCGUGGCGCAAGGAGUCGUUCCCGUUUUGGUUCGGUUGCUGGACUCGAGUUUAAAGGAGAAGAGCGUGGCCGCGAUCUCGAGAAUCUCGACGGUUGAGAGCAGCAGACACGUGUUGACAGCUGAGGGGCUGUCUCUGCUCAACCACCUCCUCCGCGUGCUCGAAUCGGGAAGCGCGUUCGCUCGAGAGAAGGCUUGUGUUGCUUUGCAAGCUAUGAGUUUCUCCAAGGAGAACGCUAGAGCGAUUGGCUGUAGAGGAGGUAUCUCGUCCCUCCUCGAAAUCUGCGGAUCCGGGACUCCCGGGUCGCAGGCCUUCGCCGCGGGCGUGCUGAGGAACUUGGCUUUGUUCGCGGAGAGUAGAGAGAAUUUCGUGGAGGAGAAUGCGGUUUUGAGUCUUGUCACUCUCGGUUGUUCCGGUACGCCUCUCGCUCGAGAGAAUGCGAUAGGGUGUUUGGGUAAUUUAACGUCUGGCGGGGAUGAUGAGGAGGAGAUGGUGGUGCUUGUUGUUAGAGAAGGAGGGAUUAAGAUGUUAAAGAGCUUCUGGGAUUCGGAUUGUAAUGCCAAGUCUCUUGAGGUGGGAGUUUUGCUUCUGAAGAAUCUGGCUUCGUGUCCUGUUGUGAGAGAAGUUGUUGUCUCGGAAGGGUUUAUCUCUCGUUUGGUGCCAGUUUUGAGCUGUGGGGUUCUCGGUGUGAGAAUCGCGGCCGCGGAAGCUGUUUCAUCCUUGAGUUUCAGCUCGAAAAGCAGGAAAGAGAUCGGCGGGUGCAUUAGUCAGUUGAUUGAUAUGUUAGAUGGUAAAGCUAUUGAAGAGAAAGAAGCAGCUUCGAAGGCUUUGUCGACGUUACUGGUGUGCACAAGCAACCGGAAGAUUUUCAAGAAGAGUGACAAAGGGAUACUAAGUCUUGUUCAGCUCUUGGACCCGAAGGUUAAGAAGUUCGAUAAGAGAUAUACAUUAUCUGCGUUGGAACUGCUUGUGACUUGUAAGAAGUGUAGGAAACGAGUGGUUGCUGCUGGGGCUUGCUUGCAUUUGCAGAAGCUUGUGGAAAUGGAUGUUGAAGGAGCUAAGAAAUUAGCAGAGAAUCUCGCACGGAGUAAGAUUUGGGGCGUCUUUGCAAGGCCGUAAGAGACUGCGGAUUAACAUUUGUAUGUAAGAAAGAAACAUGGGCGAUUCUUGUCUUUUUUCGAUUUUUUCUCUAUUUGUUUUGUUUGAUGAGUUUGGUUGUUCAUAAGGUUUGGUUUGAUUGGAGUAGGGAGAGUUUAAUUGCUGAUUAGCUCUGCUGACUAGUAAUAAUAAUAUCUUUGUAGAGUUUGAUCCUUUCAACUUUCUUUCUUGUC